UGAUGAGGGGAAAAAACGAUUUAUUAAAUUUUUGAAAUAGGCUGUAAGGUAACAAAAUGUGGAAAAAGUGAAGGGGUCUGAAUACUUUCCGAAGGCACUGUAUAUGUGAUGUAUAAGUAAAUAGCGUUGACUCAUAAAGUAUGUAUGUCGUGAAUGUGAUCACUUUCAACAUGUCUGUUUCUUUUCUCCCGCAGAAUGUGAGAGAUGUGACCAACCGUCCACUCACUGAGUUCAUGGCUCACUGUAUAGACUCCCUCCCACCGCUGGCUUUCACCAAUCGGAGGCCUAUACCAACCAUGUUACAUCCCCCCUCUCCAUUGGCCAUACGCACUCAGGAUGCACAGCGGUUCAUUGUAUUUUCAUACUUUGUCCCUGCUGAGUGCCCAGUUGCCACAGAGGCCACAGCAGAUGUAUCUACUGGUAAAAGAGAGGACUUAUUGACAGAUACACAUCUUUCCUCAAUGCUGCAUCGAUACCUGCCACACUUCUUUAACGAUGACUCCAUUCCACCACAGCAGACAGUAGAGGGAACCACUGAGCUCUCAGUUGCUCCAGUGGCAAUAUCUAAUAUAAAGGAAGAGGACAGAUUCUAUCCUUUCUCCCUCCCACCACUGGCUCAGCGGUUCGUUGGCAAUUCAUUAAUUGUCCCGGAAACCUCCCAGCCUGCUGUUUCAGCCACAGAGUGCCGAGUUGCCAAAGAAGCCACUGCAGACACAGCCACUGUCAAGAGAGAGAACCGAUGGGCAGCCAGAAGUCUUCCUUCAGUGCUGCCUCCAUGCCUGCCAGCAGUCUUUGACGAUGACUUCAUGCCUCCAGAGCAGACAGUAGAGGAUGCCUAUGAGGUCUCAGGUGCUACAGAGAACACUUCAGGCACAGCUACUGUUGAUGGAGUGGACAGAUCAACAGCUAAAUGCCCUGUCCCAAUUCUGUCUCCCAGUCUGCCACCUGUCUUUGACAAUGACUACAAACUGCCAGAGGAGGCAGUAGAAGGAACCAACAAGUGUCCAGUCGCCAGUGAAUCUGCCACUUCCGUGUCCGCUGUCCUCCAAGAGGAGUUUUCAGCUGAUAAGAGUCUUCCUGCACCCGCAGCACUGCCUCUAAGACUGCCCUGCACCCACAGCAUUGACCACAAACAGCUAUGGGAGAAAGUUGAGGACAACACAGAGUUCUCAGUAGACAAAGAAGCAACUGUUGCCAUUUACACUUGGGAAGAUAAAAGUCCUUCAGUUCUGCCAUGCAUCCACAACAACAACGACCACCAACUGCCAGAGGAGACAGUUGAGGACAACACAGAGUGCUCAGUUAACACCGAGGCAAGUGCAGUUGCAUCCACUGUCAAGAGAGAGGAACUGACAGGUGAUAAAAGCCCUGUCCGAGCAAUUCCUCCAAUCCUGGGAUGCAUCCAUGACAAGGACCACAAGGAGCCAGAGCAGAAAGUGAAGGGCCCUAGUGAAGAGGUGGAUCUCUGCCCUCACGCUCACCAGCUGGACCCAGAUGUUAACUUAACUCUGGCAACCCGCAAUGAUGAACCCAGGACCUGGACCCUGGAAGAGGCAAAGGAUUAUUGGAUAGGCAUUGAAAUUGAGAGUGAAGAGAGGAGCGUCAAGGAGGAGGUGAGACAGAGGGAGGGAUUGAAGCGUGAGGCGGACUGUGCCAAUUCCAAGAGCUCCAAUGGGAUGGCUUCAUCAGAGAGAGCAGAGACCAUCCUUGAAAGACGGCUCCAGCUGGAUAGAGUGACGUCGAGGUGA